AUCCACUAGGGCUCCUUUUCAUUCCCAAUUUUUUUAGGCUAAAAUCAAAAUGACGGUGCAAAUUGGGAAUUUUUUAUUUAUGUUUUAAAUUCACCCUAUUUUGAAAAAUUGCGCCAUCUGAGUGGCUACGGUGUUACUGCCAGUGGGUGAACUAUAUAAUUACGUACACAGAAUUCUUUCUUUCAUACACACAAGAAGGACAGCAGAUGAGCAAGAAAGACGUGCUGUUCACUAAGGGCGUCGACGAAUUUCUAACCAGCUCAAAUCUGCCUUUAAGUUACUCAAAACGUCACGGAGUAACCUUCCUUAGUCAAUAUGACGUCUGUGAUAGGAACACCUUAUGCUAGAGCUCCCAGGAAUGUGAGAACCAAAAAUCCACAAGUUAUGCUCAAAAACAAAGACACAAUUCAAGGAUCCAGUGGAAUUUUUCAAAACAUUGCAGAUGUUGUUUUAUUCAUGGAAAACUUCAAUGAACUAGUGCAAUCAAAUUCUCCUGAAAAAGAUCUGCGCUCUGCUGUCCUUACCCUGUGUGUGAAUCUCAAAAUCUUUGGAGCACAAUUAGAAAUGAACUGCAAAGAUCAGCUUGACCGUGUCUUCAUACAUUUGCGUAACACCGGCAGAGAUGACAGCCUAGACAAAAUCUCUCGCUUGCAUUUGCUGGAAGUGGUUGAACUGAGAGCUAGUCGUUGGGCUGCCCAAGAACAAGUCAGCAACUACUACCAAUCAAAACUGAAUGAAUUGGCCACCGGCAUUACCGACAUUUCGUCGAAUGUCGGCCAAACUACAGGACAGAACGAAUUGUCGCCUCCAGUUAGCCCUUUGCCUAUUCUAUUGCCUGGUGAAGUCGUUAAAUCUUCUGGGAAAUACAUCGUCAACAACGUUGGCAGCGUUUCCCCGGCUAAGCACGCAAUCAAAGAUGAAGUAGUCAUAAGGAACGCUGAUUCGGGAAAAGUGAUGGGUAUCAAGGGAAGGCGGGUGCACUUGAUCGAGGAGAUAAGCGACACGGUCAUAUCGUUCCAGCGAGUGAAUCCUGGCGCUUCGGAACGACUUGUGCAGAUCACGGGAGCUGCUCCGGACAAUAUCGAGAGAGCAAGACAAUUGAUUGAGCAGACGAUUCAACGGAAUGCUAGUCCCGUUCCUCAGCUGGAUCCGAUUGCUUGUACGCAAUCGAGUUCAAGUAAUCAAGAAUAUGUGAGUAGCCGCGAUACUCUUAAACAGUCGUUAAUGGAUACUGCGCUCGAAGAUUACCAGCAUUCUGUCGUUGUGGGAGAACACUGCAUAAAGAUCACAGGUCAAAGUCUAGAUUUGGUGCAGACAGCCAAAUUGGUUUUAGAUGAAUACUUUGCUGGUCUUGCAGGUAAGCGCCAACGCAAUUUCAGCGCAUGUAGCAGCAUGGACGACGGGGUGUUCUUUCCGUCACAGGAGAGUCCUAGAGAAUGUGCGCCAUCGGUUAAGAAAAUCUUGAAAUAUGAUCGUGAAAAAUUGUUACUCUGGUCAAAAUCGCCUCUUUGCCGUCAGCCGCCGGCUAAUUUUGAUUUGGUUUUUCAAAACGCCCCCGAUAUUGCCCGAAAGGACUUGUGUAGCGAUACGUUUUUCAACCCAACGGCGUACUUGGAAAAAUAUCCUGAACAGCUGAGCCCCGCAUCGGAAGAAAUUGGGCGACAUUGCGACGUGGUAGACGACGUCUAAACUCUAAACUAAAAAAUUAAUAUUUCAUCCCUAUAUCCACGGACAUAGACAUUUUCAGAACAAAAUCUCAACCGUCACCAAUUACACCCUUCUCACCGGCAAUCAACCGAUAUGUGGAGACAAUACACUUAACGCUGAAAAUGUG